AUGAAAAAAUUAGAUUAUAAACUUCAUUAAAGUAAUAUAAGCAGGAAUUUACAUUAGAUUUCAUUUUAAAUUAUGCUAGUAAUGAUAAUCCUACUAUAAAAAGUGAAAGUACCAACAAAAUAGUUUUCAUGUUAACAAUAGAUAACAAGCAGUAGAUAUAUGUCUACUGCUAUUUAUAAUAAAAUAAAGUUAGACUUUUUUUGCAUAAUUAACAAAUAAAUGAAUAUUUCUGAGUUAGUGAAUAUAUAAGUUAAAAACACAUUAUUUCUUUUCAAAACGAAAGUCAUCAUCAAUUAUCAAUAUGAAUAGAUAGAGUUUAAUUAAAUCAGAGAAAAAAAGUAAUAAAAUAUAAAAUAGAAUGAUCUAAAAGAUAUAAAAGAUCAAUCUGUAUAGUGCGAUAUUACAAAGACAACAAAAUUAUUUUUUGAGAGAGUAAUAAAAUAGUUUAUUAUAAGUAAAUGAAUAAAUGGAGAAUAUCAAAUAAAAAGAAUCAAUUAGUAAAAACAAUUAUUAAUAAUAAUUGACAACUAUUAAUACUUUCAAUUUUAAUUUAAUCAGGACAACUGGAAUAGAUAAUCUUAAUUCUCGAAUUUAAUCAACUAUGAAUUCUACAAUACCAUCAUCUUAUAAUGAAUUAUCCAUUCAUCAAAUAUAUUUUUUUCCUUCUCCAUAAUUUUCAAUACAUGCAUGA